AUGAGGGGAUGCCUCACAUGUCGUCUGCGCCAUCUCAAAUGUGACAAAUCCGGUUCGAAAUGUCUCCGCUGUCAACGCUCUGGCCGCGAAUGUGUCCCGGCCCCCGGCAAAUCUGAAGAGGUCUCUUUCCGACACGGCCAGAAUCCUUCCCUGCGAGGAAAGGGGCCUCCAAGAUAUGGCGAGAGCGAUCUUGCUUUCCCGGACGACCAGGUCUGGGUAGAUACGUCUUCCGACUUCGACUUCAAGGAUGAAACAGAUCAGACGGCAGCUGAAUACUAUGUUGUACCUGUGACAGUGCAGGCAUCAUCUUCAAGGUCGUCGUCUGAACAUUCGACACCACCAUCUACAAUGGAUUCUGCUUUGGCAACUCCGAACCUCGUCAUCCCUCCUUACGCCGCAGGAUCUCAAUUGGGCUCCAGAUCGAAUUCAGUGAAUUCCCCUCGUGCGCCUACCACGCCCACGCCCAUUGGUCAGCCGAGGCUAUCCAAUCUCACUGAGGCCUUUCUGUUACGGCAUUUCCAAAAGUACCUAGCGCCGUGGCUCGACGCAUUCAACCCCGAACGACACUUCUCAACAGAUGUCAUCGAGCGCGCGACUCAAUCCCCAUUACUACUGUACGCAUGUCUAGCAGUGUCAGCAUGUCACCUAUCCCGAACAACAAACUCCAUCGCCGGCGAGGUCGCACACGCAUACCAUGAGCGCUGUAUCUCAAUCAUGUUACCAGUCCUCGACAAGCCCGAGUUCAUGAUCGGCAUCGAUAUCCUCCUCUCAUCAACAGUCAUUCUACGAUUUUUCGAAUCAAUCUCCUGUGCGUGGACAACAUCUUCAACGCAAAAUAGUUACCCGGCUAAUGCAUCACACCCAACAGCCCACAGUCCCCCAAACGACCAACAACACCAUCUCCUGGCCGGUUCAGUGUAUGUUAGUUCCCACGUGGACUCGGCUAUCUCCGGCGGACUCGCAUCGGCUUCCUUCUGGGCGUAUGUGAUUCAAGACAUCCAAUUCGCGCUCACGUACCAGAAAUGCCUUCGGCUCACAUUCGCCCCGUUCGAUGACCGCCUGCGACGAUGGUGGGCCGCUAAACCGGCCCUCAGCGACGGGGACUGGACAAAUCGCGCCAUAUGGCUAUUGGCUGAGACCAUCGAUUUUUGUUAUAAUAUUCCGGGUCGGAGCCAUGAGGGUAGAAUCGGCAGUGUGGGGGAGACUGCGCUCAAACAUCGCAUUCUUGAGUGGGAGCUCGGUCGACCUGAUACGUUUGUGCCGUUGCAUGUUUCGCCGCCGGAUCCUGGGAGUGGGAAGCCUUUUCCUGUUGCUUGGUAUACGAGCUUGUGGCAUGCUACUGCGAUUCAACACAUCUGUCUCACUAAAUCGCUGAUGCUCAUUCGCGAACUGGAGUUUUAUGAUCGGAGCAUGUUGCAUUUAGACCAACCGGUCAAAUUAAGGAAUGACCUGGCUGAAACGCUUAAUUUCAUGUUUGGCAUCGCCGUAUCUGCCGACGACGAUCCUACACUGCGUAUUACAGCUUGCCACGCUCUUUUUGUUUGCACCUCAUGGGUUGAAGACCCUGUUGUCCAGAAUUUGCUGAUUGAUCUUCUUCGCCGAUCAGAACGGGAAGACGGCUGGCCGUGGGGAUAUAUGCACAAUCAAGUUGUGCAAGCGUGGAGGCCGAUAUAG